UUAUAAGAGAUCUGAAAUCCCGACACCCUCAACUACCCAGUUCCAGUAUAUAUAUUUCACAAUCUUGAAGGCUUAUACAAUCCACAACUCCCCCACCUAAAAAAAAAAAAAUCAUACCCGUCACUCAUUAUCACCUACUUUCUCAUCAAACUCUUCUUCAAUGGAGCCCAAAACAACAGAAGAAAUAAUUUUCCGAUCAAAACUCCCCGACAUUUACAUCCCAAAACACCUCCCUCUACAUUCAUAUUGCUUUGAGAACAUUUCAAAGUUUAGUUCUCGACCAUGCUUAAUAAAUGGAGCUACCGGAGAAGAAUACACCUACGCCGACGUCGAGCUCACUUCGCGGAGAGUCGCCGCCGGUCUCAACAAGCUCGGUGUUCAACAAGGAGACACGAUCAUGAUUCUGCUACCCAACUCGCCGGAGUUCGUGUUUGCCUUUCUUGGAGCAUCAUAUCGUGGAGCCAUAUCAACCAUGGCGAACCCCUUUUUCACUCCGGCGGAGGUUAUAAAGCAAGCGAAGGCGUCAAAUUCAAAGAUGAUAAUCACACAAUCAAGUUACGUGGAGAAAGUAAAGGACUUUGCGAGUCAAAACGGAGUGAAAAUCAUCUGUAUAGACUCACCACCUGAGGGUUGUUUGCCGUUCUCGGAGUUAACUCAGACCGAAAAACUGUCCCUACCGGAGGUGAAAAUCAACCCGGACGAUGUGGUGUCUCUGCCGUACUCCUCCGGAACAACUGGGUUACCGAAAGGAGUGAUGCUGACCCACAAAAGCCUCGUAACAAGUGUGGCUCAACAGGUCGACGGAGAGAACCCAAAUCUUUAUAUGCACAGCGACGACGUUAUGCUCUGUGUUUUGCCAUUGUUUCAUAUAUAUUCUCUGAACUCGAUCUUGCUAUGUGGAUUAAGGGUUGGUGUGGCCAUUGUUCUUAUGCAGAAGUUUGAGAUUGUUCCAUUUUUGGAGCUGAUACAGAAAUACAAAGUGACGAUCGGACUUUUUGUGCCGCCGAUCGUUUUGGCGAUUGCGAAGAGCCCUGUUAUUGAGAAUUAUGAUCUGUCGUCGAUAAGGACGGUGAUGUCCGGCGCGGCACCGUUGGGAAAGGAGCUUGAAGAUGCUGUCAGAGCUAAAUUUCCCAAUGCCAAACUUGGUCAGGGUUAUGGAAUGACCGAGGCAGGGCCAGUGCUGGCAAUGUGCUUGGCCUUUGCAAAGGAACCAUAUGAGAUUAAAUCUGGGGCAUGUGGGACUGUUGUCAGAAACGCUGACAUGAAAAUUGCUGACCCUGAAACUGGUGCGUCUCUUCCUCGCAACCAGCCUGGAGAAAUAUGCAUCAGAGGUGACCAAAUCAUGAAAGGUUAUCUCAAUGAUCCGGAGGCCACAGCAGCAACCAUAGACAGCGAAGGUUGGUUGCAUACUGGUGAUAUCGGCUUUAUCGACGACGAUGAUGAGCUCUUCAUCGUCGAUAGGUUGAAGGAGAUAAUAAAAUACAAAGGAUUUCAAGUUGCACCUGCUGAACUUGAAGCGUUGCUUCUCACUCAUCCCAACAUUUCGGAUGCUGCUGUUGUCGGAAUGAAAGAUGAAUUAGCAGGAGAGGUUCCAGUUGCCUUUGUUGUGAGAUCAAGCGGCUCUGAUGUCACUGAGGAUGCGAUCAAGCAGUUCAUCUCCAAACAGGUAGUGUUUUACAAGAGAAUAAACAGGGUUUUCUUCGUGGAUGCAAUUCCAAAAGCACCCUCGGGCAAAAUCUUAAGGAAGGAAUUGAGAGCAAAGCUGGUAGCUGGUGUUCAAAAUUAGAGUACCUACCUGCCUUGUGUUCUUUCAGGUAAAUCCAGGCUCGAUACUUGCACUCCCAAGAGCCUCUCUCUCUUUAUUAACUAUUGUCUAUUC